AUGCCUCCUCGCGUCUCCAAUACAGUCAAUGUGCCAUCUACCGCUAAUCACGUAACCACAAUCGGUGUGAAAAGGACUGCGUUUGGAAGCUCGGGUCGACCUCUUCCAAUUUUCGUUAACGUGUUCGAGACGACGCUCCCGCAGAAUAUUAUCUUUCACUACGAUAUUAUCCAUCCAGCCGACAAAGUUCUACCAGCGCGUCUUAACAUGGACCUCAUUCGCGCACUCCAAACACGCAUCGCUCCCGAUGUGUUCACCCCCCUUGGCGUAUAUGAUGGUCGGAAAAACUUCUUCAGUGCACGGAAAUUACCUCUUGGUCCUGAUGAUUUGAGAGAGUUCGACGUUACGCUCGAAAGUGCAGAUGAGUCUCCGAAGGGAAAAGGGCCAAAGGUUUAUAAGAUUCGUUUUAAUCUGGUCGCUCAAAUCAAUCCGGAAGUUCUCCGGCGAUACAUUGAUGGAAAGCAGUCGCAAGAUAAUGCGGUGCUGACCGCCAUUACCGCUCUCAAUGUUGUGAUUCGAAUGGAGCCAUCUCAGAAAUAUCCCUUCAACGUCAGAUCUUUUUUCACUGAUCAGGAGAAGAAGGACAUAGGAUCAGGACUCGAACUUUGGAGAGGUUACUUUCAAUCCGUCCGCCCAGCUCUCAAAAAGAUGCACAUCAUAAUCGACACGAGUACUGCCACGAUGUACAAAGCAGGAAGGCUCAUCAACCUAUGUCUCGACUUCUUCAACAAAUCAGACGCGAAGAUGUUGGCUCCGAGCAAUGGGUUCCCGGACCGAGAACGUCUUCGACUCCAGAGGUUCGUCGCCGGCAUCCGGGUGUUGACACCCACUCCUGAUGGUCGCAAGAUAGCCCGAGUGGUGAAGAAGCUUAGCUCAGCUGGAGCCAGCGCUUUGUCCUUCAAACUCAAGGAAGGUGGUACAAUGACCGUCGCGGAGUAUUUCCGAAAUGUACUCAACCGCCCAUUACAAUACCCUAACCUCAUUUGUGUCGAGAUUGGUACUGGGGCUUUGAUUCCACUUGAACUUUGCGAGGUUCCCCCUGGGCAAAUUAUGAGAAAGCAAGUCCCACCAGAGAAGACGAAAAUGGUUGUUGAAUUCGCGACCAAGAAGCCGCAAGAUCGUCUCAAGUCCAUCGAGGCCGGUCUCCAGGUUCUCUCAUAUGGACAAUCUGACUACGUUCGGAAUUUCGGGAUAACAAUACCUCAAACACGGGCAAUGAAGAUUCAAGCACGGGUCUUGAACCCUCCCGCCUUGAAGUACGGGCCGGGAAGUCGUCAACUAACGAUCGUCCCGGCCAACGGUCAAUGGAAUAUGCGCGACAAGCGCUUUUUCAAGCCGGUGGACGUCCUUCGUUGGGUUAUUGUCGUAUAUGAACGCAAGCAGCGCUUCAACGAGCAAGCUGUUGCUGAAAUGAGCCGGGGUUUGUGUGGCAGUGCUCGGGAAGUCGGUAUGAAAAUGACCCCGACCCCUUUCGUCGUUUGGUACAGUGGUCAAGGGGAUAUUGCUUCCCAACUCAGGGCUUCGGGGAAGCUGGUAUACGAUCAAUUUAAGGCACCCCCCAACCUCAUUGUAGUUGUUCUGCCAGAAGGUGGUAAUGAGAUAUACACCGCUGUCAAGCACUUUGGGGAUAUAACGAUGGGCGUUGCCACUCAAUGCCUGAAGUCCACAAAGUGCUUUGGUGCGAAGGCGCAAUAUUUUGCCAAUGUUUGUUUGAAGAUCAAUGUCAAGCUUGGAGGAAUCAAUGCAAUUCCGGAUCCCAACUCAGUCAAGGCCUUAACUGAUCCUCAGAACCCCACAAUUGUGAUGGGUGCCGACGUCAUUCAUCCCGCGCCCGGUUCCCAAGGCCGCCCUUCUUUCACGGCUCUUGUUGCCAGUGUUGACUCUGACAAUGCGAAGUAUGUUGCAGAAUGUGGAGUACAGACAUCUCGCCAAGAGAUUAUUGAAGAUCUUGAAGUAAUGGCUAAGAACACACUCACUAUGUAUGCUACAUAUCGUACGGGUGUAGAGAAGAAAAGUACGCAGAUGGCGUCGCCUAAGCGUAUCAUCUUUUACCGAGAUGGCGUUUCUGAGGGACAGUUUCAGCAGGUUCUGGACCAAGAACUCGUAGCACUCAAGAAGGCUUGCGCUGCUCUGAACAUCAAGCCCAAAAUCACCUUUAUUGUCGUUGGAAAGCGUCACCAUAUAAGGUUCUUUCCUACUAAUAAGGCCGAUGCGGACGUUUCAGGCAAUUGUCCUGCAGGAACUGUGGUAGAUAGGGAGAUUGGUCACCCAACUGACCUUGAUUUCUACCUUCAGUCGCAUGGGGGUUUGUUGGGAACAAGUCGUCCCGCCCAUUAUUCGGUUCUUCAUGACGAGAAUGCUUUCAGUCCGGAUGCCCUACAGUCAUUAUCAUUCGCCCUCUGCCAUGUAUAUGCCCGUUCGACCCGCAGCGUCUCAAUUCCUGCCCCGGUUUAUUAUGCGGAUAUCGUUUGCUCCAGAGCGAAAAACCAUUACGAUCCCCAGGGAACAAUUGAUUUCUCGGAUAGCGCAACUAAUAACGACUCUGCUCAGGCUGAGACAACUUUGGAGGCGUUCCGCAAGAAUUUCAAGCCGCUCAAUGAGGCUCAAAAGAGGUUGAUGUAUUUCUCAUAA